AUGGAGGAUCCAACGUGCUUUCUGAUCAGACAGUCAGCAGAAUGCGAGCCCAUCCAGUACAGUGGUUGUAUGGGUCUGCCGUACUCCCAGACAUCCUUCCCGAACAUCUUCGGGUGGCCGAAUCAAGGAUUUGCUCUCCAAACCGCCCCGUUCGUGUUCCCGGCUUACGAUCCAAUCAGCGACUGUCAUCCGGACUUGAAUUUCUUCUUGUGUUCGAUUUUAUUUCCGCAGUGUACAACUGAAGGACAAAGACAUCCAUGCAAAUCGUUUUGUUACGAGAUGAAUGCUACAUGUGGUGAACGAGCUCUAGCCCUCGGUCUUCCAUGGGAGGAUUGGAUCUGUGCAACUUUUUCUGAGAACAGUUGUGCUGUUCCAAAUGAGGAUUCAACCACACCUCCAACGCCGAUGGAUGGUUCUACCGGCUAUACAGAUACAGACGGAAUAACCGGGUCAGGAUCAGGGGAGGCAGCCACAACCCAGACAACGAUAACAGUCUUUGAUUACGGAGCCGCAGUCACUGCGUACGACAAUCUCGAGGCCACACUGGGCCCUGACAUCGCUGCGGAGCUUGGGAUGUCUUCCUUCCGCCAAGACCUGGACCUGUACGCAGAGUUUGACGGCACCCCACUCGCCAACCUCCCCAACAUCUCCGGCAUCAUCAUCCAACCUGAGCGCUGGUCUGUACCGUACGACAGCGGUGAAGGCGUCACCACAGGACUGUUCCUGCCAGAAACCAGGAACUUCGACCCAAAUGUUGGGCUACCAGCUGAGCUGCCAAGCUCCGCCAUCGCAGCCGUCAGGGACAACUACCCACAGUUCUUCAACCGGUACCUGCCACAGCUGGGAAGAAAUUAUGCCACCAUGCGCGACGACGUGGAGUUUGACGAGGAAACGUACGGACCGGACGCCAUCUGCCCCUAUCCCCCGCGAACCGAGCUGGGAGGCGGGUUUGGCUUACAGCGCAUCCCUCCAGCUCUUUGCUUCCCCAUUCUUGAGCUUGAAGUCGCGGACGCUGACCCUGCCGCUCGCACUAUUGUCAUAGUCACCAUUGAAGUUAUCGGUGAUGUUAUCUGGAUUGAGAUUCUUGUGUUUAGGUCCCUUUCGACCGAAUAGAUAAUCGUCUUUCGACCUUCAAGGACAGGCCUAACAUUAAGUCCAAAAACCCAUAAGCAAAGUACA